GAGCCGGCCGGAGAGGCGAGCCGGCGGUGGCGCCGCGGCGAUGCAGAGCGAGGCCAGCACCUGCCGCAUGAGCGGGGCCGGCGCCGGGGAGCCGCUCCCGGGCGCGAUCACGCUGGAGGACCUGCAGAGCAUGAGCGAGGCCCCCGACGAGGAGCAGGAGCCCCCGCAGGGCUGCGACUCGACUCAUCGCGGCGGCGGCGGCAGCGUGGAGGACGCCGCCGGGGAAGAGCAGGAGCGGCUGCUCAGCUACUGGCAGAGCGUAGGCAGGGGGCACCAGGUGGACGUGCCUCGGGAUAUGGCAGAGCCAAUCCAACAGCUAACCAGAAAUAACCACCCUCAGAGGAGAGAGAGAAUCCCAUUUACUGUGAUAAACCGUAAAGAAAAGGGUGUCAUCUUAAAUGCAGAGUCAUCUUCUAUUCAGCUUGGUGAAGUAUUGUAUGAAAAACGCCAUUAUGAAAAGGCAAAAUGGGCUUGUGUCAAAGUACAAGAAGAUCAAUAUGAACAGAGCAUAUGCCUUGGAUUCAUGAAGAUUAUGAGAUACAUUUGUGAGCAGAAUUCCUCAGGACUGUACUUGGGGAUGACCAUUCCAAUUGUGACCAUUGUUCACACAAGUGAAACUACAACAGACAUCACAAGAUUUGUAACAGUAGCAUAUUACCUUCCAGGUGAACUACAAGAGCAACCACCUGAGCCCGAUGAUCCUGAUAUCAUCAUUGAAGAGUGGCCUCCGGCCAUUAUUUAUGCCAGGGGCUUCAGAGGAGUCACUAAUGAAGAUUCGAUUGCAAGAGAAAUAAGUCUGCUGACAGAACUUCUGGAGCAUCCUGAGCUGUGUUUGCAAGAUACCUUUAUAGUUGCAGGGUACACAAAUCCAGCAGCUGCAAAUCGACAAAAUGAAAUUUGGUUUUUUGAAAGACCAUAGUUGGCUAUUCAUGAGCUAUAAGAUAGCCAAGUUCUGUUUACUACUGACACAUGAAAAUGUGCAAGUGAUCCUAAUUAGGCUAGCUGAAAGGAUUAAGAAUUUUACUUAGCCAUCAACUUUAUAAAAUAGAUUUCUUAAGAUACAUGAUUACAUUCUACCAGUAUAGCCUGACUGACAAACCAGCUCAAUUCCUCCGCUGUUAUAACAAGGUAAACUUGAAACGUUUACUGCCUGUUUUCAAGGGUUUUUUCCCCUAGUUGCAGCAUCAGUUAUGUAUAGCUAUUGUGAAACUUCUAGCACUUUUCCCAGGCUGAGACAAUUCAAACAGAAGUGAUGGUGUAUUUAAGUGGCCAACCAAAUCUAAAGGUAAAAGGAUCAGUUCUUACAGUCAUUUGACAUAUUGAAGUUAACACAACUUGGCUCAUAUUGCAACUAGAAAAGUCUCAGGCACCUAGAGUCAUGAAGCAUUUCUUCAGCCUUGUGUAGAAGAGGUGUAGAAGAGGGCAACCAAGAUGAUCAGGGGCCUAGUAUCCUUACAAGGCAAGGAUACACAACUGGUGCUUUUUAGUUUAGAAAAAAGGCAACAAAGGGGAGACAUGAUAGAAGUUUAUAAAAUUAUGCAUGGUAUGAAGAAAGUUGACAGAUGAAAUUUUCUCCCUCUCGCAUAACACUAAAACCAGGGGUCAUCCCAUGAAACUGAUUGCCAAGACAUUUAGGACCAACAAAAUCCCCUGCUAACUUGGCAAAGAGGCACCUUUUAACAUGGUGGUUCUCUUUAUUUAGCAGGGGGAGAGUAACUGGCCCUAUCCACCCGCAGCACAGGACCUCCAGUGACUGUUGCUGGUGUCUAGCUUAUGUUUCUUUUAGAUUUUGAGCCCUCUGGGGACAGGGAUCCAUUUUAUUUAUUUAUUAUUUCUCUGUGUAAACCACCCUCAGCCAUUUUUGGAAGGGCAGUAUAGAAAUUGAAUAAAUGAAUGAAAAGUAA